GACCCUUACGUAACGCGACUUAAUUGUGAAGGAGCUAUCGCGCCGGUUAAUACGAGCGUCGAGAACGAGGAGAGACAUUCGAGGGGGUGCUUGGCGGGUUUAACUGUGGAGUAACGGCCUGCCAGAGUGGGGGAAGGGAAAGAUUGCUUCGGAGGGGAUACCAUCCCCACCACUUACUCGUCCAUCAGUCGCUCUGAGGCCGUUGUGGAGAGAGGAUUGUUCUUGUUGCGUCUGUGCGUUUAAUGUUUCGUGUUUGCUUUCACGUUGCGUACGUCAGUUUCGUUCAAUUUUCUUUUUGUUCUUUCGGCUUUUUAAUUGCCAAACGUGCUGUAUCGGUGUCAAAAAGUUUUUCUCGCGUAUUAACGGAAAGACGUGUGCGUGCUAGUGUUGGUAAACUUAACCUCAAAGUGGCGGCGAGUUACUGUUUAGGUCGUAAACAACCGAGUGCAGUGUCUUUGUGUGAUGGUGUUUCCACAUUGAGGAUGUGAAAUCGUGGAUAAGAAGAAAGGAAAAAUAGUUUCUCUUCUUUCGUUUAAUCCGAUGGAAGAAGAAGCUUUCUCCGAUUAUUCUUAACGCGUUUCUCGCUCUGUUUUACCGACCGUAUAAAGGGCACGCCACGCUCUCCGUGCGGGAUUCUUCGUGGCGUCGGCGACACGUUUAACCUCGAUGAACGUAGAAGGCGGUCGAAAUAAAUGGUGACACGAGUAGUUAUCAUUCAAUAUCGUGAAGUUACAAAUUACGGAUGAGAAUGCGGUAGUGGUGGAUGGCAAAUGCACCGAUGGAUCAUCGUCGUGUAUCCGAGGCGGGGACCUUCUUAAUUGAAUCAUAUCGACAGAACCGCGAACAGAAUCGUCCUAAAGGUCGCUUGUCCUCGUAGCCCACGCGGGCGAUUUGAAUCGUGGUGUUUUUAGUUUAUCGUUGUUGUUGUUAUUUGUUAUCAUUGGUGUUCCGCGUGACAUGAAGCAUACGUGAUCCGAGGACACGGUGUUUGUAUUUUUUACUGUUUUGAAACCAGAGAAAAAAAAUGUAUCCUAGUGCUGGAAUCAACGCUGCUGCUGUAGCUGCUGCCGCUGCUGCCAGGCAUCCGGGUCCGCCGCAACCAGGUCAACAAUAUAAAUUCUCGAUCGGCGAGUUGUGCGAUCGUAUCAAGGAGGAUUUCAACUUCCUUCAAACGCAGUAUCACAGUAUUAAAUUGGAACUAGAGAAACUCGCCCAGGAGAAGACUGAGAUGCAGCGUCACUACGUUAUGUAUUACGAGAUGUCCUACGGGCUGAACGUGGAAAUGCAUAAACAGACAGAGAUAGCGAAGAGGUUAAACGCCAUAAUUGCUCAGAUCCUGCCAUUUCUCUCGCAGGAACACCAACAACAAGUCGCUACUGCUGUUGACAGAGCCAAACAAGUGACCAUGACCGAGCUCAACGCCAUUAUCGGGCAACAAAGGCCAGACCUGCCAAGGCUUCUUCAGCAGGUGCACGCCCAACAACUACCACCUGGCGCCGCUAUGGGCCCGCAUCCAGGUAUACCUGGCCUACCCGGGCUCGGUCCUGGUGCUGGUCUUCCCGUUCCUACGUCAGCCUCCGCAGCACUUCUCGGAUUAGGUAUUCCACCGGGCGCCGCGGCAACCGCUGGUGGUACAGCUGCUCAUCCCCUCUCGAUGUUGACCAAACCGGACAUCCAUCGUCAAGCGGACGAUUUAAAGCACAAUGGAGGUCUUAAUCCGGCCGAGGAGAGGCAUAGAAGUUCGAUAUCACCCGCGGAACGCGAGAAGUAUAGCAGGCCGCGAUCGACCGACCCCCAACACCACGACCACCUUCCACUCAAGAAGAUGAAGAAAGAACAGGAUAAGGAUAUAGGCCAUAGCGACCAGGACUUGGUGGUUGAUGACGCCAGCGAGGGGCCGACGAGCCCUACGGCGAAUGGCACAGCGUCGCCAAGAGAAAAUGGGCUUGACAAACUCGGCCCUUCCUCGGUGCCUUUGAGCAGCCAAGUGAAGAAAGAAGUCCCGCCACCAUCGCCGAGAAGCGGCACGAGCAGUAACGCGAGCACACCCUCGGCUAAGAAGAUGGAAGAACGAGAAAAACCGACUACGCCUAUCUCGAAACCCGUCACGCCCACAUCAGCUGGUGGUAGCAGCUCCGGGUCCGGUGGUCUGAAACCAUCGAGUUCCAGCAAACCACUGGUCUCGGCUUCGGCGGUCGGCCCUUAUCCGCCACACUAUCCGCCGCCACAUCAUCCACCCGCAGGACCUCAUGUGGACGUGCUGGGUUAUCCCCCAGCCCUGAAUGGAUAUCCCACAAGACCGCCUCUUCAGCAGCUCUACGAUCCUCACGGAAGCAUGAGGGCUCCUCUCGGACCUCUCGGUGUACCCGGUGGCAAACCCGCGUACAGUUUCCACGUGUCGAGCGAGGGCCAGAUGCAGCCGGUUCCAUUCCCUCACGACGCUCUAAUUGGACAAGGAAUACCGCGACAUGCACGCCAGAUAAAUACCCUGACACACGGGGAGGUGGUGUGCGCGGUGACGAUCUCGAAUCCGACUAAAUACGUUUACACCGGUGGCAAAGGAUGCGUCAAGGUCUGGGACAUCAAUCAGGGCGGGAGCGGUAGCGCGAAACACGUUUCGCAGCUUGAUUGCUUGCAACGAGACAACUACAUCAGAUCGGUGAAACUAUUACCAGAUGGGAGAACCUUAAUCGUAGGCGGUGAAGCGAGCAACCUCAGUAUCUGGGACUUGGCGAGUCCAACACCAAGGAUCAAAGCGGAGUUGACUUCGAACGCGCCAGCUUGUUACGCUUUGGCCAUCUCCCCCGACUCGAAAGUCUGCUUCAGCUGUUGCAGCGAUGGGAACAUCGCCGUCUGGGAUAUACAGAAUCAAUCUCUGCUCAGACAAUUCCAAGGUCACACGGACGGCGCCUCGUGCAUCGACAUCUCUGCAGACGGCUCGAAAUUGUGGACCGGCGGAUUGGACAACACGGUCCGCUCUUGGGAUCUGAGGGAAGGAAGGCAGUUACAACAGCAUGACUUCACUUCUCAGAUAUUCUCACUGGGCUACUGCCCUACAGGCGAGUGGUUGGCAGUGGGAAUGGAGAACUCAAACGUUGAGGUGUUGCACGCCACGAAACCGGACAAAUAUCAGCUUCAUUUGCACGAAUCUUGUGUACUUUCGUUACGUUUCGCUACCUGCGGCAAAUGGUUCGUCUCAACUGGCAAGGACAAUUUGCUAAACGCGUGGCGUACGCCAUACGGUGCCUCGAUAUUCCAGUCGAAGGAAUCUUCGUCGGUGCUCAGCUGCGAUAUUUCUACAGACGACAAGUAUAUUGUGACUGGAUCAGGUGAUAAGAAAGCUACAGUGUACGAAGUGAUAUACUGAACAGUUACAAUGAUCGAUGCGACAUUGAGACACUGGAACAUCGUCGAGUGUACUACGCUUUUACAUUAGUUCGUAUGAGAAACAAGAGGGUUCUGUUCCAAGAAUACCCAUCAAAGAUUAAA